AUGCGGGUCUCGGACAUCCAUGAUUGGUUCAAGACAAUGGAUCAUUACUUCAUCAGCUUGUUCAAAAAUCCAACUCUAGAGGCAUACACGAUUGGUCUUGACGAUACCGGUCCUAGUGGCAUUGGUCACCUCACAAGCUGUACAUGUGCUUACUACACUCAAUAUUGCAGUACAUGCAAACACAUGUAUUUCCUGGCCCGCCAAAACCAGCUGCUAGUCGUUGAGAUGGCAGUGGGCCAAGAACGACAAACCAUUCAAACUCACACGGUCACACCAGCUCAUCCGUUUGCUCAAAGUGAAGACUAUACCUCUGACAUCAAGGUUGUCCGUUCAAGAAUUGACCUAAUCGACCCAGACAUCCAAAUCAUCGGUUCCAAGGUCACAACCAUUGAUUCUGAUGUCAAAGUCUCCGGGAAUCACAAUGCUUGGCCACUGAAGCGUGGCAAUACUGAUGACAAUGAGAUCCAGUCACAUCAACCCCCUUCAAAGAAGCAACGGAAGCGUUGGGCUGCUUUGUCAUCUUCAAUGCCGCUUGUGGUUGCCACUCUAAACAAUGGCCUCUCAAACCUCGGCAAUUCAGUUGAGGAGUGUUUGCGGUUGAACCAGAAGUCUGAGGAGUCCGGGAAAUCAGCGUUGAAGCAGUUGAUGAAGAUAUUGAAGAAGAAAGAAAACCAAACAGAGUUUGCAAAUGAGACAUCACCGAUGCUGAUGGAGAGGUUCAUGCUUUGCAUGCAUUCGAUUCUGACAAUGGUCAAGGAGUACUUGGUCAAUGUAUCCGUCACCCCACCGCACAACAUACCUGGAGUUUCUGAGAAGGGUCGCAUGAACAGAAGUGAGGUAAAUAAGCUAGUUGAGGAAUUCAAGAUGGUGGGGUGGCAACAUUUAAAGCAAGUGUGUGCAUUGCUGACCGAGGCAAAUCAUUGA